GAUGAAAGCAACGGUCAAGGACGUGCUGUGCUCUGGUCCUCACUAUAUUAUCCGUUGCUCGAGGCGCUCAAGGCACUCGGUAUGCUCCCGACACAUCAAGGGCACGAUGGGACUGCGUUGUCGAGGUACACAGUCCAAAGCUCGGACGUCAUCUCGGACAUGAGAGUCAACGUGAUUGAGGAGAGCUCGCAGAAGGUUAUGUGGUACAAGGAAAGGUUCUUGACGGACGACGAAAUUGUGGAACAUAUAUACGAUAAUGCGACAACGACGUUAUGCUGGUCCGUCCACCGACCAAAGCGGGGGUGGUACAUCCGCAUCCGCUGCCCGUCCUUCCCUCCGGGGUACCACAUCGGGCUCACGCCCGUCCCGAAGACCUCGCCCUACCACAGCGAAGCGGCGUUAUGCUUCUCCUGUCGAACAAACGUACCCAGAAGUAUACCGGCGUUAUCAGACCUCUCGUCACCGCGCUCGCCGCAGAGCUCCGUCGACACCGACAUCACUCUCACCGAAGCUGCCGCAUCAAGCUCGACCGCCCUGCACUCGUACCCACCCACGCCGCCCAUCCCCGCUGUGAGCAUCCGACCCCCCUCGCCGGGACACGAAGACGACCCCGACCAACCCCGCAAAAGUCUCAAGUCCAAAGCGGGCAAGCCGAAAACACAAGUCUCCCAAUUCCUGCUAUCUCGACACACGCAGAGCGUCGCGCAGCCCGCAUCCCAACAAUCCUUUCUCACGCGCGCGUUGUCGCUUUGGAAGACCACCGAGGACGCGCAGUCGCUCUCCUUCACGCUCUCGCCCGUCCCCGCCGUUACCCCGCACCCCUCCGCGCCCGGCCCCAGCGGCCCGGGGAUGCAGUGUCUCCCGCACAUGCCGCCCCCACUGGUGCAGUUCCACGACCGCACGCCGGCGUUCGCGUUCCGGUCCACGACGGGGAUGCUCGAGAUUGAUGAGGGCGAGGCGAGGGUGCUGGGCGUGCAGGUUAGUUUCUGGGUUACGGUUGCGUUGACGUACCUUGGGUUUUUGGAGGACCGUGAUAGUUACCUCGCUGCUUUGAGCGACUAACGUUAAUGAGUGGUUUAUCUUAUCUGACGCUGUUGCGAGGGAGGGUGAGCUUAUGUUUUUGCUUAUUUAACGUUGGAUCAUUCCUGUAUGCUAUCGUACACGAUUUUACGCCACCAGCAGGGAGGUGAAAUGAUUAAUUAUGGCCAGAUCUGCGA